GUGGAGGGGCCAAAGAACGGGUCUCCACCGCCGUGUUUCUUUCAAGGAUUAAUGCAUUUUGGAAAUGCGGUUUCAGAGGUUUGAUUCAUAGAAAGAUUUGUAACGUAGGGUUUCUGAUUCUUCAUUCAAGAUCAAUUCGGAGCUGGAAUUUCUCGUGCUGCGUCUUUGACUGCAGAGAUUCUUGUAUAUUGGAAUUACGGUUUCAGUAACUUGAUUCCUGAAAAAAUUGGAUUAGGAUUUUUGUUUCAGAGUCUUCAUAAAUGCGAAAUUUGAGCAGGAUUAUCUUUGUUAUAAGGGCAUAUAUCUUUGGAAUUAGUUUCUCUCUGUAAUUGCAGGUAAAUAGAAGAUAAUCUUCUUUUUCUUUUUUGCCAGACAAUGGCAACAACAGGCAUCAAUUAUAUCCCGGCCAAGCUGGUCCUGCUGGGGGAAAUGGGAACAGGAAAAUCUAGCCUUGUACUGAGAUUUGUCAAGGGACAAUUCUUUGAUUAUCAGGAAUCUACAAUUGGAGCUGCCUUCUUCACUCAAACACUUGCUGUGAAUGAAACCACUGCCAAGUUUGAGAUAUGGGACACUGCAGGCCAAGAAAGAUAUCACAGCCUUGCUCCCAUGUACUAUCGUGGGGCAGCUGCAGCCAUAGUUGUCUAUGACAUCUCAAACACUGAUUCAUUUACUCGAGCAAAGAAAUGGGUUGAGGAACUUCGACAACAUGGAAAUCCAAACAUGGUAAUCGCACUCGCAGGGAAUAAGGCUGAUUUGGUGGAUAAUAAACAGGUUGAAGCUGAGGUAGCCCAAACAUAUGCCCAAGACAAUGGGCUUUUGUUUCUGGAAACAUCUGCGAAGACAGCGCAGGGUGUAAAUGAGUUGUUCCUCGAGAUAGCUCGAAGACUUCCAAAAGCCAAUCCCACGCAGCCCAGCCGGAUGAUUGUGGUGGAUAGAUCUUCGGAGAGGCUUGUCUCUACUUCCUAUUACUGUUGUUGAUAGAACUCUUUUAUCAAUCAUUUAUUUCAAAUCCUACUCGUUUCUCAUAUUCUCUUUUGUAAAUCAAUACUUCGUUUCUUAAUGUCACCACUCAUUGCUUAAUUGCUUCUUUCUA